AUGGCCGUCUCCCUCGAGACCCUAGAAACAAACCUGAGAAACGCAAUACCUAUAAUGCACCUCGAGAUCAUCGACCAGUCGAACGGCUGCGGAGAGAACUACGAGAUCCUUGUCGUGAGCGAGGCAUUCGAGAAAAAGACUACAUUGGCCCGCCAUCGACUCAUAAACGAGCUCUUGAAGAACGAGAUUGCAGAGAUGCACGCCUUCUCACAGGUGUGCCUUACAAAUCAUCCCAUGCUUUCAUCAUUUCUAAUUACCAUCGCUGUAGACAACGCUUACACCAGCUCAAUACGAAACUCGACUGAGCAAGGAGUCCGAUGCUUAAAUUCUGUGUGGCCCACUGAAUGUAUAGAGAAUGUUUAUAUAGCAAUGUUGUAUAACAAUUUUUAUUGA